AUGGAGCCACAAGGGAUUGUCAAAGCCUUUCCCAAGAGGAAGAGAGUGAAGGGUAACUCAGAUAAAAGUGUCUCUCCAAAGAUCCCAAAAGAGGAAGGAACAGAAGUACUUGAGGCAGAGUGGCUGAAACCAGUCACUGCCUUCGUGCUGCAAGCGGGCAUUGGCCAGGCCAGGGCAGAGAUCUUCCACAAGCAGAUUGUCCAGAAUGGAGGUGUUGUACACUACCAGCUCUCCUCAGAGGUGACACACGUCAUUGUGGCUGAAGACAUGGACUGUGACCGGGCCUUUCGGCUCCUUAAAUUAGCCAAGCUGCCUUCAGGGCUGCAGCUGGUGAAGGCAUCCUGGCUGAGUGCUUGUAUUAGAGACCAGAAGCUGCUGAGUACCUCUGGCUACCAUGUCUUUAUCCCUCACAGGUACCUGGAGGAGGAAGAAGUGCAAAAAGAGCAGCAGCAGCCUGUCCUGGGCACUGAAGAGAUCCAGCCCCCAGCAGAGGACAGAGCAGUGAAAUCAAAUACUGAAGCACAGGUUGGGGAUUCCUCAAAGCAAGUCCUGCACACCCUUGGACAGCAGCAGCUUGUGCAAAUGAAAUACUCUGAUGAUGAAGACAGUGAAGGAGAAGAAGCUAAUGUCACCCAGGGAGAUCUGGAAGCAUUGAUUUCUGGCUGCUACCCUGUGAAAUUGUCGGAGGAGAACAGUGACAGCUCUUCCACAGUGGCCCAGCCUACCAGCAAGUGGGUUUGUGCCCAUUCCUCCAACAACAAGAAGGAAAAUCACAACCAGUGCAUCACAGAGAAGCUGGAAGUGCUGGCAAAGGCCUAUUCUGUCCAAGGGGACAAGUGGAGAGCUCUGGGCUACUCCAAAGCCAUUAAUGCACUCAAGAGCUACCACAAACCAGUCACCUCCUACCAGGAAGCCUGUAAAAUCCCUGGGAUUGGGAAACGGAUGGCAGAGAAGAUCAUGGAGAUCUUGGAGAGUGGCCACCUGCGCAAACUGGAUCACAUCAGUGAGAGUGUGCCUGUGCUGGAGUUGUUUUCCAACAUCUGGGGAGUAGGGGUCAAGACAGCUCAGAUGUGGUACCAUCAGGGUUUCCGGACGCUGGACGAUAUCCGCACCAAGGCGACCCUCACCAGCCAGCAAGCUGUGGGGCUGAAGCACUACUCAGAUUUCCUGGAGCGCAUGCCCCGGGAGGAGGCUGCAGACAUAGAGCAGACUGUCAGACAAGCUGCCCUGGCCCUGCAGCCUGGGCUUGUGUGUGUGGCAUGUGGCUCCUACCGUCGGGGGAAGCCCACCUGUGGAGAUGUGGAUGUGCUGGUCACUCACCCAGAUGGACAGUCUCACCGUGGAGUGUUCAGCAAGCUGCUUGACAGCCUUCGCAGGAGUGGCUUCCUUACAGAUGACCUGGUGAGUCAGGAGGACAACGGUGACCAGAAGAAGUACCUGGGGGUGUGUCGCCUCCCCGGGCCCGCCCGGCAGCACCGCCGGCUGGACAUCAUCGUGGUGCCGUACCAGGAGUUCGCCUGUGCCCUGCUCUACUUCACCGGCUCCGCUCACUUCAACCGCUCCAUGCGGGCCCUGGCCAAGACCAAGGGCAUGAGCCUCUCAGAGCAUGCCCUCAGCUCGGCCGUGGUGCGAGGCCCUGGAGGUGUCAAGGUGUCACCUGGCCAUACUCUGCCCACUCCCACUGAGAGGGAUGUCUUCAUUCAGCUGGGGCUGCCUUACCGGGAGCCCUCAGAACGGGACUGGUGACACCCGAUUGUCACCCUGGGCCCACGGCCAUGCUGCUGUUUUGAAGGGUGCUGGUUUCCUGAGUGCUGUUCUGUGGUGGCUG